UAUAAAUCAAGUUUGUUGUUGGAAUGAGCCAGUGCUAAGUUGGUUUGCUAACGUUAGCUGGUUUAUCUGGUUAGUUAAUUUAUCUGGUCUGUGGAUAAGUUAAACUGCGUAUUAGUUUAUCUGGUAUGUGGAGAAGCUAAACUGGUUAGUUUAUUUGGGUUUGUGGAGAAGCUAAACUGGUUAGUUAGUUGGCUUUUCUGGGUCUGUGGAGAAGCUAAAGUGGCUAGUUAGUUGGCUUUUCUGGGUCUGUGGAGAAGCUAAAGUGGCUAGUUAGUUGGCUUUUCUGGGUCUGUGGAGAAGCUAAAGUGGCUAGUUAGUGGGCUUUUCUGGGUCUGUGGAGAAGCUAAAGUGGCUAGUUAGUGGGCUUUUCUGGGUCUGUGGAGAAGCUAAAGUGGCUAGUUAGUGGGCUUUUCUGGGUCUGUGGAGAAGCUAAAGUGGCUAGUUAGUGGGCUUUUCUGGGUCUGUGGAGAAGCUAAAGUGGCUAGUUAGUGGGCUUUUCUGGGUCUGUGGAGAAGCUAAAGUGGCUAGUUAGUGGGCUUUUCUGGGUCUGUGGAGAAGCUAAACUGGCUAGGUUAGUUGGUUUUUCUGGAUCUGGAGAAAUUAAAACGCCUAACUAGGUUUCUGAGACAUUUAGGCAAGUUGGCGAUAGCUAACACUACUUCUUCGCGGAUUGUAAGCAGCUACUUUACCUCGCUAACGCUGCCUAGCUGCAGCUGUAGCAGGUCCGUGGUAAAAUGAAAGACAAACUCGUCGGUUCUUUCUGUUUAACCUAGUUUGUAGCUAACCUACAGUUUAUGGUGCGUCAGUUUAACAACACGCCACCGCAUUUCUACGCAGUAGUGUCCUCUUGCUAACUGACUUAACAAUAUGGAAAGUGCGAAGUUUUGUUUUAUAGCUUGCUAGCUGUUUAAGCUAUGAUAACUCUUGCUACUGUCUUUAGUAAGCUUGCCUGCUUGUCGAUAGUACUAAAUAUUAACUUAUUCUGUAGUUAGCGCUAUCUCAGUCGGGAGCUAAUCAGCAAUAGUUAGCUGGUGCCAUCGCUAGAUUUCCUUUAGACACUUUGCUAACUAACAUGAUACGCCAGCGGUCUCGCAGGAAAGUGCUGUACAAUUUUUGUGGCUUUAACAUCAACCUUUUACAUUUUUUAUAGAAAAAGAGCGUUAGCACACGCCCAAAGACUACCGAGUACACUUGCUUAGUGAUCAUGGAGGACGAGGAAGCACCGGGCGAGGUUGAACAUAACGAACCCCUUUCAGCAGAAGACUACGCGGCUGAGGCUAUGGCGGCGGACAUGGACCCGUGGAUCAUAUUUGACGCACGCAAAACUCCCCGAGCCGAGUUCUGUAGUUGGCUAGAGUCCAACAGACCCUCGCAGGUGUGUCGCUUUGGAGACGAGGAGGGAGGCUCGGGACCUGUGGGCUGGAUAGCCGUUUUGGGCCCAGACCACUGUCCAAGCACAAUGGAUGUGUCUGGUCUCCAAGAGAACUGGGAAAGACUGUUAGCUAGCGGACGCCCCAUCACCUUCCAAACCAUUAAGGAGCUGGCUCUGAAUCAUAACGUGCGCACAGGCAAAUGGUUAAUGCACCUGGACACUGGUUUCAAAGUAGACCAUGCAUGGGAGUGUGUCGCCAGAGCUGUUCUGGACGGAAAGAUCUUGCAGGCCAAGGUGAGCCCACGAGAUCCAAAGUCCAACGUCAAGCAUGUAAUUUGUGUCUACAAUCAUAACUUUGCAGACGAAGAGCAGGUAAUGCAGUUGGAUGCUGCUAUUCGGGCUGUGGGGGUCAAGUGUCCCCUCACCUACAAGCCUGACGUGUACACAUAUCUGGGAAUUUACCGAAACAAUAGAUGGAAGCUGUGUCCCACCAUCUACGAGAGCAAAUUUGAUUUGGAGUGUGUGCCUCGCCGAUCCCACGUUAUCAAUAAAGUCACAAACUUGGAGGUCACAUAGGUUACCCGACUAUGAAAUCUCAGACUUCGGAGAAUAAAUGAGGCAGUGCAAUCUGGAGAGGUGCAAAGCAGAAACGCUCGUGUCACGUCUCCAUCCAGUCUUGACUGAAUAAAGAGCUUUUAAGUUUUUGAAUUUAACCAGUUUUUCUUGCUAAUCAGUGGUUGCAACAAUGCAAAACGUACCUCUACAUGUGUUGAAUAUUUAAGCAACAAAACAGAUCUCAUACUUUGUCUCUAAAGCGUCCGUUUUAUGCAGCUGUAAUAAACUGACUUUAUGCAGUACAGUAAUUUUAAACUACUGUGUAUAAACCAACUCACACUAAUUGUUUACAUUUAAGGGCUGGAAUUGUUUUCCUUUGUAAAAAAUUCACUUAUAGUUCUGUUUGUUUUUGUGUAUGAACAUAGUUACCAAAUAAAUACUUCAGAUUCA